AUGUUUGGAGCAUUUAAGUCAACAAGUCCCAGUUUAGGUGGUUUAUUAUGGAAAAUCCCAUGGAGAUUAUCAUCACAUCAAAAAUAUCGUCAAAGAAACAGGUUAAAGCAUGUUGAUGAAGUGAUCAAACAGAUCACUACUGGACUUCACGUCAUGAGAUGUGAAGAUAAAGGAAUUGAGUAUAAAAAAGCGAUUAGUAUGCCCAAGAAACAAAUGUUUAAACCAAGAAUGGCAUCUCUUCGGUUAUUAAAUAAAUCUUCAUUCUUCCCAAAGGAAUUUCAAAUGUCAAGUAAGGAUAAAUAUACUGUUUUCGAUAAGAAAGUGAAAGGAUAUAGGAAGGGUAUUCACAAAGUUCCUAAAUGGACUAAAAUAUCAAUGAGACAGAAUCCUAAAUUCUUUUGA